AUGCUGACUCAAAAAGAUAAAGAUGAUAGUUAUUACGAGCACUAUACUAUAAUUCCCCUACAUGAAAAUAAAGAAAAUCAAACUGCGUGUACCUUAUAUCAAGUGGUAAAGAUUGAGGAUGUACCCUUGGAUAAUCGUGAAAAAAAUUUAGAUGUGAUGUGUUUUCCACAUUUAUUCGUAUUAGGUUGUAAUGGCCAAUGUGAUGAAAGUAGACCGGUGAAACUUCAGGACCAUGAAUUUAUUAAAUGUCUUUUGACGUCUAUGGAUCCGCGAUUUAGGGUAGACCCCCAAUACCUGUUUUUUGAGUUAAAUAGGGGGAAUAUUCGUCAGUUACGUCGUGGAAUUUAUCAUAAAUUGAAUAUAACUAAUCCACGGAUUUGUUACAAGGCUGCGGAAUGUUUAGAUGCUAUAUCGAAAGAAAUUUUGGAGUCCGACUUAAAUACAAUAUUUUCUUCACUUCGAAAUACGGAACAAUAUUGGCGUAGACCGAGAAGUGAUUUGUCUUGUAUGACACAACAUUACGGACCUGCGACAUGGUUUCUAACAUUAAGUCCUAGUGAAUGGCUAUGGGACGAUUUAGAUGAAUAUAUUCAUGAAGUAAAUGGAUGGCAAAACUCUUCAUUGAGUACCAGUGUGCUUGUUGCUAAAGAUCCUGUAUCAACGUCCAGAUUUCUUGAUAAUAAAUUUCGGGCAAUGCUUGAUUUUAUUUGUUCCAAAGAUUGCCCGAUCGGUGAAGUAAAACACUAUUUUUGGCGACGAGAAUAUCAAGGUAGAGGUAUACAACAUUUUCAUUUACUAAUUUGGAUUAAAGAUGCACCGAUUUUCGGUGAAUCUUCUAUUCAAGAAGUCUCUAAAUUUAUUUCACAAUACAUAAGCUGCAAAAUGCCAGAUAAAAAUAUUUCUCCAUUAUUGUACAGACGCGUUGAUACUCAUCAACGACACAAACAUAAUGAUUAUUGUCUUCGUUCUAAAAAAGUAGGACGUAAAGUUAUUCGUAGGUGUCGGUUUGGAUUUCCUCGUCCCGUUACUGAAACACUAAAUAUAAGAGAUGUGCCAACUGCCAUAGCAGGUAGAAAACAAUUAAAACAUAAAAGCAGAUUGUACGAUCUUCCUCGAACAAAUAAUGAAGUCGAUAUUAAUGAUUAUAAUCCUGCUAUUCUUACUGCAUGGGAAGGAAAUAUGGAUAUACAAUUUAUUGGUGAAAAGUCGACAUUGCUCACUUGGUACGUUACCAAAUAUUUGAAUAAAGCAGCGAAAAGUGAGUUAUCUGAUUUUGAUCUUGCAAAUUGUAAGAAUGAUAAAAAUAAAUCAUUGGCAAGUGUUCUUUGGAAUUUUGGUUUACGAUCCAUAAGCAGUAGAGAAUGUGGAGCUCUUGAAGCUGCUGAUACGUUGCUAGGUAUUCCUUUAUAUGGGACUGAUCGCAAUACAACGAUUAAAUGGUUAGAUGUUAAUUCCAUACGUCAGAGGAAAUUAAAAAAUCAUAAAGAAAUUGAAGCUCUUGAUAGUGAAUCUACAGAUAUAUUUUUAUCUAUCUUUAAUAGAUAA